UAUUACAUUUAUUGAGGAUGGCAGCUAACGAAAAAGUGAAAGUGAUAUGUUUGGGUGACAGCGCAGUUGGUAAAAGCAAGCUGGUUGAGAGGUAUUUAAAAGACAACUACAAACCUCAACAACUCUCUACUUACGCUCUCACACUUUUUAAACAUACAGACACUGUGGAUGAUAGAGAGGUUGAUUUAGAGUUAUGGGACACAGCAGGUCAGGAGAGGUUUCAGAGCAUGCACUCCGCUUACUACCACGGUGCUCAAGCUUGCAUACUUGUCUUCGAUGUCAGCAGAAAGGUAACUUACAGAAACCUCACAAACUGGUACAAGGAACUCCGGAAAUACCGACCCAAAAUUCCGGUUAUCUGUGUGGCCAACAAGAUCGACAAAGAUCCGGAUAUGGCGGGAAAGUCCUUCAAGUUCGCAACAACUAACAAUAUAGAAAUGUUCUUUGCAUCUGCUGCCGAUGGAAGCAACGUCGUCAAAAUAUUUCGUGAAGCAAUAAGAGUGGCUCUGCACUACAAAGAAAACACGGAAGAGUACGAAGAUCACGUGUUAGAAGAACUGCGACUAAACAGUCCUGAUGAAAAUGACUUUGAUUAUGAUCCUGAUGCCCAAGAAAGCUGAUGCUCAUCAUACCUCAAAUAGAUUAAAUUCUUGAAAGUUAUCCUGUGCUGUUUAGUCGUUUAAAGAUCAGUAUUUUAUCAGCCGUGAUAACAUGUUUUACUAUUGAUUAAGAUCGUAUAUAAUAUUUGUUGUGGAGAUGAACUGAUAUUCGCUUAAUACGAGGAAUCGUACGAUGCUGUGCGUUGUAUGAAUAGUCAGGCUUAAAUUCCACCGUUUAGAAUUUAGAUGCGUCAAUGGAAUGUUUUAUGCCGUUUUCAAAUUGUGUUGAUCGCAAUUUGGAGUGAAAAAUGUAUUAAAUUAAUUUUAACUGUACAAAGUUGUAAACUAUCAGAUUCAGGCAUGUGUUCAUUGAUAAUUUUUAAAUUGAUUAACGAGUCAAAAUUGGUCAGCAUUUGCGAGCAUCAACUUAAACAUUCCGCAAGAACAACCGUAAUGCUUAGGCUACCUGCUACCGAUUAUUAACUGCCGAUCAUAUUCAUCAUAUUAUUAUAUAAUGGUUAUGUUAUGUUUUAUCAUUUGUGCCCAGUUUUUGUUUCA